AUGUCGUUCGUUUUAAGGAGAAGCACAGUUUCGCUGGUGAGAAGGUAUAGCUCAAGGGGGCCGUGGGGACCUAGCAAAGGAGGGCUCCCAAAGAAGCAUGUUCAAGGUCCUAAGACAAACCCACUGAAAGCUGGGGCUAAUCCAAUGCCAGAAUUAGAGAAAACAAAGGAACAAAUUGCAUUGAAACCAAAUUAUCAACCUCAAGAAAGUUACCAAAGAGUCAGCUUUGAGUAUCCUACAGAGACUACUUCCACAAGCUCGUCCACUCCUCAUAAAUUGAAAAGAUAUCUACCUCAUUUAUUGCUAAUCUUAGGUGGUGGUUGGGCAUUAUUCACAGUUAGAUAUUUCACUCAAGAGAGUAUACCACAAGACUAUCUGGAUCCUGAAGAAUUCAUUCCGUUUAUUGUUACACAAAAAGUUGAUGUUGAUAAAGAUCAUUAUUUCAUUGAAUUGACUCCAAAAUAUAACCAUUGGAAAAAAGAAUUUAUGAAUCCAAUCAAGGUAUGGAAUGGUCGUCGCAUAUGGAGUGUUGAAAUCAAACAACCACAAAUUAUGGUUGUCAGAAAGUAUACACCAUUACCAUUGACAAUUUAUAAGCCAAAUAAAGAUUCAACACCAGUAAUAAAUAUCCAAAACAAUGAUAUUAAUAGUCCUGAAUACGGGAAAUUAGUCUUUUAUAUUAAGAAAUACGAUCAAGGUGAAGUUGCAAGAUGGAUUUCUAGAAAAUCAAUUGGUUCAGAGUUGGAACUUAGAGGUCCUUUCAUUGAAUUUGAAUUCCCAUCUUCACCAAAUGAUGUUAGUGAAAGACCUAAAAUGGAAAAUUUACCAAGUAAAGUUAAUAAUGAUCCAGAAUAUAAGAUUAAACCUGAUAAUUUAGCAUUUUUCGGAGCAGGUACUGGUAUUGCUCCAAUAUUGCAAGUUUUACUAUCAGAAAAUCCAUAUAAGGGAUUUGUUAAUGUUUUUUAUUCAAGAAGAACAGAAGCAGAAACCCCAAUUCCAAGAUUACUUUAUUUUUUGGAAAAAUUAGAUCGUGUUAAAUUUCAUCAUUUUAUUAAUGAAAAUAAUUCAAGAUUAAAUUCAAAACCUAUUCCAACUCCAAUUGAACCACAUUUUAAGGCAUAUGAAGAUCAAUUAAUUAAGAAUAGACAAGAUGAAGAACAGAAAAUUGCAGAAAAAUUAAAAGAAUUAAGAGGUGAAAGAUCUUACACUAGGAUUCCAGAGGUUCCAAAAGAUCAUUCUGCAUCACUCGAAUCUAAAACUCCAUCUACUCAAUCAUCAAAAUUUAAAACAAUCUUAGAGAAAAUUAUUUCUGAAGGUAAAUCAUCGCAUGAAAAUCCUUCACUUGCAUUAGUCUGUGGUCCUGAUGGAUUCGUUAGUUAUGUUGCAGGCCCAAAACCAUUCGAAGGACAAGGACCAGUUGGUGGAUUAUUAAAAGAGAAAGGAUGGGAUGAAACCAAUGUUUUCAAGUUAUCCUGA